AUGCCCCUGAAGCUCCUACCAUGUAAGAGCUUCCUCACGAAGUCCAGAUCCUUCCUCCUCACCACCAUUUCCGCCGCCGAUGCUUUCAGAGCUCACUCCACCACCACCAUCACCACCGCCGCCGCCACAGCCGCCUCCUCUUCCCCGCUUUUGAAACCUCCUUUCUCCAUUUCCUCGGCCGCUGGCGCCGACCUCGAUGCCGCUCUCAUCUCCUCCUCCUUCAAGGAAUGGUUUAAGAACGCCUCUACUCACACGGUCUUCGAUCGCAUCUUCGAGGUCCUCGCCGCCUGCGCUGACUCUGAGGACUCCACCAUCGAUCGCGCCCUCUCCGCUCUUUCCCUGCGGCUCGACGAGGCCUUCGUCAUCCAGGUUCUCCACCAUUCCCCCAGGCUCUCCGAUGCCACCAACAGUUCCAGCGGCAACAACUUCCUCCUCCUCCGGCUCAAGUUCUUCGACUGGGCUGGGAGGCAGCGGGGUUUCCGACAUACCCGCGCCACAUACCACGCCAUCUUCACGCUCCUCUCUAGAGCCCGCCUCAUGUCUGUCAUCCACGACUGGCUACAGUCCUUCGCCGCCACGCGCCAGCAGUUGCCCAAUCUCUUCUUCCAGCGCCGCCAUAUCCGCUUCCACGAGAUCCUUGUUGUUGGCUAUGCUGUGGCAGGCAAACCGGAGAUUGCACUCCAGGUGUUCGGUCAAAUGCGCUUCCAGGGCCUCGACCUCGAUGCCUUCUCCUACCAUGUGUUACUCAAUUCCCUCGUCGAGGAGUCUGCCUUCGAUGUGGCUGACACCAUCUUCUCCCAAAUUUCUUCUCGUGGUCUCUACUGUCCCUUCACCUCCUGUAUCCGUAUAAAGAGCCUCUGCAAGCAGAAUCGGCUGGACGAGGCCAUUGCCUUCCUAAGGGAGCUCGACGUGGAGGGCCCGGAGCACCGGUCCAUGACUGAUCACACCACCGGGAUCAUCGUCAAUGCCCUGUGCAAGCAGCGGAGGUUUGAAGAGGCGAGCAAGCUCGUGGAGGAGUUGGGGACCGCUCGCACCUAUGAUGUGUGGAUUCGAGACCUAAUCGACGCUGGUAGAACCAACAGAGCUUUGGAUUUCCUCAGUAGCAAGAAGGAAUCGGAGGGUUACACGCCGGAUGUCGUCUUCUACAACAAACUCUUAUGUCAGCUCCUGAGGGAGAACAAGCUGGAUAAAGUCUACGAGGUUCUUGUCGAGAUGAGGGAUGGGGAAAUCGCCCCUGACAAGAUCACCAUGAACGCUGCUCUCUGCUUCUUCUGCAAAGCUGGUAUGGUCGACGUGGCACUCAUGCUCUACAAGUCGAGGAUGGAGUUUGGCCUCUCGCCCAACAGCCUGGCCUUCAACAACCUGAUCAACGCCCUCUGUGCUAAGGACGACGUAGAUGAAGUUUAUCAAAUGCUCGAGGAUUCUCUGGAACAUGGGUAUUUCCCUGGGAAGCAGACAUUCUGGGUCCUCGUGGGCGUGCUUUGCCGAAAGGGGAAGCUGGAUAAGAUGGGGAAGCUGCUCGAUGUGGCUUUGCAGAGGGAUCCCUCGUCGAUGACUCCUGCCUGGUCUCAUUACAUUGCGGCCUACAUAACUGCACUAUGCAAUGCUAACAGGCCGGAGGAAGGCUAUUCGGUGCUGCAGAAGGUCACCACCUCAAAGAAUCCCCAGAACAGCUUCGUAUUCACCAGUUUGAUUCGUGGGUACAUUUUGCUCAGACGGGGCGACAUGGUCUGCAAGCUAUUUGUGGAAAUGCAAGAUUGCGGUCACUCCCCAAGUCGGAGUCUGUACAAGGAAGUCAUAUGUUUUUUAUGUGACAUGGGCAGCUACGAGCAGGUGCUGAACUUAUUGGAGACCCAACUGUCCCGGCAGAAGCCAAGCCCUCGAAUAUGUUACAACUACUUCAUCUAUGGAACUGGGUGUGCAGAAAAACCCGAGCUGGCAAUGGAGGUGCUUCGCCAUAUGAAGAGUGCUGGGAUCGAGCCAAAUACCGACACUUAUAUUGUGAUGUUGAGCAGUUAUUUAAAGAGCCAACGUAUUAGUGAUGCACUGAAUUUUUUCUAUGGAUUAUGCAAGGAGAGGGGACCCAGCAACAGACUUUACAAUCUCCUGAUUGCUGGUCUCGCCAAAGCUCAGAAGCUGGAUCAGGCCCUUUUCUUCUGGAAGGAAGUUAGGGGUAAGGGGCUGGUCCCAUCCCUCCAAUGCUACGAGGAGCUUGUUCUCUCAUUCUGCUCUGCUGGUGAUUAUUAUAACUUGAUGAAAAUUCUUAAGGAUUUUGAGGACACAGGUAGACAAAUUUCUCCUUUUAUUUGUAAUUUGCUGCUAUUGCACACUUUGAAGAAUCCCCAGCUUCGCCGAACAUGGGAACUAGUGACUUCAAGUGAGGCAGAGGCCAAGUCAGAUGGUGUGGAGAGUGAGGCCAAACAUUCGAACCGUCUGAUGCUUGGCCAGCUUAUCUCUGCAUUUUCUUGUGGAAUUAGAAUCAAAGAACAUCUUCAUUGUUUGGAAGAAGUGGUUGAGAGGUAUUUUCCUGUUGAUACCUUCACAUACAACAUAUUGUUGAGAGCGCUUAGUAUGGAAGGGAGAAUGGAUUAUGCAUGUGAGUUAUUUGAUAGAAUCAGCAAGAAAGGGCAUCAACCAAACCGGUACACAUAUGACAUUAUUUUGCACGGCUUGUGUAAGCAAGGUAAGAAAGAAGAAGCAGAGGUAUGGAAGAAUAAAAUGAUAUUGAACGGAUUUUAUCCAACGUGGUACACUGUGGAGUUGUACAACAGCACAAAGUGA